AUGUCGAUAGACGCUUUUGCCGCAGCAUUCCAUGGAAGACUACUGUCGGUCAAAAAAUUUCUCCAUGAUUAUCCUGAAUGGAAAGACAAAUCCGGUUUGUGGCAAACAACAUUACUUUAUUCAGCAGCACGUGCUGAUCGAUUGGAGAUGAUUCAAUACCUAAUCGAAGAGGCACAUUGUGCAAUUAAUGCACAAAAUCAACGACGGGACGAUGAAAUUACCGAGGCAGGCUCGUCCACAGCUCUUCAUAACGCUUGUUCAAACGGCCACUUAACUAUUGCGAAAUAUUUGGUCGAACAUGGUGCUGAUUAUUUCAUUCGCAAUCAAGUGGGUGAAACUCCAAUCAUGGCAGGCGACCACCAUGCCCAUAUCAAACAAUAUUUCCAGGAUUAUCUACUGAUCAAAUAUUCAAUGGAUGUGCCACCAAAUUUACCGGAUCGAAAGUUUUCCGAUGACGCAAGACGACCGAUGGCCGAUGGAUGGUGGGAAUACAAACCUAUUCGAGAUCCAAAGUGGUAUAAAUUUUCCAAGAUUGCUGCCGACGAACUUCAGAAAACUCUCUUACCAAGCAAAGAGUUUCAACAACAAGUUUAUUUAUCGUUGGGAGACAACUAUUUGUACUUUGUUUCGACUGUAGACUUCUUCCGAUCGGGAAAUUAUGCUGAAGAUCCGGAAGGCAAGGUCGCUUGGAUUCGCUCUCGUGCAUCCAGCAUUUUCAAUUUCGAUUGUCAUGCUCUCUGGCAAAUCAUGUUGUUGAAACAUCCCAACGCCAGUGCCAGUUCAGAUGCUACUCCACCUAUGAAAGUGGAAAGCAUUCCCGAAACGAGCGACAGAACCUUUCCACUUCAGCUGAAUACUUGGUACCGAUGCAAUACGAAAACCAAUCGACUAUUCGAAGAUGCCAUGGACAUGCGACGCAAAAUCAUCAGAACUCACAUCGAUAUGUUUGGAGAAAAUUUAGAAAUCAACUUUGAAACAUAUGACUUGACGAACCAGGACAAGACCAUUGUGGGCUAUCUUCGUUGGCUUCCCCAACUGAUCUCCGACACCGAAAGAAAGAAACAUAGGAUCGUGGAAAUCGAUAAUUAUCAACCGAUGACGAAUUUAGUACCCGUUCCUCUCAGUACCAAACAUUUACGAGACGUCGUCGCUAAAGGAGCCAAUGAUUCAGGAGAAUAUUUCUCUGCUGAUGAUGAAGAUGACGAUGGUGAUGAUUCGGGCAUUGCAGAAACAGCUGGAACGAAAGAUACUGACGAUGUCAGCGAUGAUGACCAACAACCUGAAGUGGGUGACAAAAAUCAAAGCAAUGAAGAAAAUACAACGGAUUCUCAUGACGCUCCAGUCGUCUCUAAAACAGAGGUGGAUCCUCUUGCAGAAGCGUUUUUUCAUCCAACCGUCGGUCAACUGAAACAGACCCAAUUAGUUGAGAAAGCCAACGGUGAUGAAAAUAAGAAAAUCGUUGACGACAUGAUGGCUGUAAUUCGAUCGGCUAAUGAGAAGCUCAAAGACCAAGUGGAAAAGGAAAGACGAAAAGUUGAAUUGAGAACUCAACGAGAAGAGAAAUCCACCUCAGAAGCAGAACAGCGACUGAAGCAGACGCUAGAACGCUUAGAACGAUUGCAGCAACAGCUUGACAAACACAACAAUCGAGAAAGAACAGCACAAGCACUAAUGAGUCGAGUAAAAACCGUCGAGUACAUUAACAUUGAAGCCGAUGUCGUUCACAACUUUUUAUAUAUGACGUCAGCUAAUAUAACCGAACAUCUUAGUGGAAUCGAAGAGUUAGACGAAUUGAUCAAGGGAAAAAUCCCGAAAGUGUUCAUUCGAGAGCGAAACACCUCUUAUCUCGUAUCCGUAACUGGUCUACAAAGUCAUCAUGAUGAAUUCAAAUUAGUUCUCAAACGAAUCCGAACAUUGGGCCAUCUAACUCGAUCAGCGAAAGACUAUUAUGAACGACAGUUACGCCGAGUUAUCACUGAUAUUCAUCGAUCUUUGAUAAUCAAAGAAAUCCCCUCGCUCUCAGAUUGGAUAUGUUAUAGGAAAAUUUUACGAAAGUUGAUGCAGACUGAAAUGGAAACCUAUGUGAAACAUUUCGAGGAUUAUAUUAUCAAAGAAGCGAAAGACAUCGUUCAUCAGUGUAUUGAAAAUGCUCAUUUUCAAUCAUGGGUUUCCAUACACAAAAAGACCAAUGACUACCUGAAGAAACAUUCGUUUUCUGCUGAGAUCGAAGGAUUAAAACAAAAAGCAUUGGAUGAAUUCUUCACCGAACAGGUAAACAUUCGCCCAUCACAUUCUCAAAGGCCACUAUCCAGUGCAUCUGUUCGAGUCAUGAACGAAUACAUUUACAAAUUAAAGAACGAAUUCAAAACAGACCGACGAUUCAUCGGUACCAGUGAGCAGCAGUUUCGGCACACUGCUUACCUCUUACAGCGGAUUAUGUUGUAUUAUCGUACCUGUCUUCUACAAUUACCUUUAUAUGCAUCAUCGAAAGAACUAUUAGCUAAAGUACAACACAAUACGGUGAUGACCAUCACUACUUCCACUGGAUCAGGAAAGUCGACUCUCUUACCAGCCUUGUUAAUUGCUGAAGGUUAUGAUCGAGUUUUCGUUACGCAACCUCGUCGUUUACCUUGUACAUCGAUUUGCAAUAGAGUCAAUCAGACGAUGACAAACAACAAAGAUCAAUUUCCAUUAGCCGGCUGGUCUGUCAGUGGUGCCAAGGGCAAUAAGGAUGCACAAAUCUUGUAUUUAACUGAUGGUCUCUUGAAAGAACGGUUGUUAUUCAAUCCAAACUUUAUUAUGAAUGACGCCAAAGGUGAUAAUGGGAUCAUUCUUUUCGUUGAUGAAGUGCAUGAAAGAUCGAUUAAUAUUGAUUUGUGUCUCGCCCUCAUAGCCCGUCUUCUCAUCGAACAACCAGCAUUGAGAUUGAAGCUGAAAGUGAUUAUCUCAUCGGCCACACUCGAUAAAUCCCUACCUGAUCUCUAUCGUCAGAUUCCACACUUAAAAUUCGAUCAAUAUCAAAUGCCAUUCAGCGACACUCUUCACAAAGUGGAGAAAUUUUAUCGGCCGAAAGAAAACGUUCUCGACGUAGUUCAAGAAUUAUGUCGCAAACGACAACGGCACGAUCAGAUCCUGUGCUUUGUCAGUAGUGUUACUGAUGUUCAUCAGUAUUGUAGGUUGCUUAAUAAGAUAAGCCAAGGCAUGGUUGUUGCUCAUCCUCUUGUUCAGUCACAAUCAGCUAGUGAACAACAACAAUGUAUUGAACAUGGAACUAUCUUUUUUUCUACGACGGUUGCAGAAACAUCAUUAACAUUUCCAUCCUUAAAAUAUGUUGUGGACACUGGCCUGAUCAAUGUGCCAACCUACGAUCCCAAAGCGAAACAAACAACUUUGAGGGAAAUAUCUGCUUCAGAAUCGACCAUCAAACAACGUUUAGGUCGGCUCGGACGCACCAGACCAGGUGAAUAUCACGCUCUGUAUGAUUUGAAUGCGGUUCGGCCAACCUACCCAGUGCCUUAUAUAUGUCAGUCAAAUUUGAUCGAUGUGGAAUUUUCCUUACGUCGAUCUUCACUGAAAAAUGGAUUAUCUCAUCUGCAAAAGUUCUUACCGGAUCCACCUCGAACGGAAUUAAUUGAUACCGCCGUAGACGAAUUAAAAAGCAUGAUUGUACCACCACGUAUGCUCAAACAACCAAUGCGUAAAUCCUGCAUGGAUAUUGAAGAAAGAAUAUCGCACAUUACCGAUUCGAAGUGGACGACGAUCGAUUUAUGGAAUGGAUUGCGAGGCUCAAAAGCAACUCGAGAAACUCGUAUGGCAGUGGUCGCUUGGAUUGUUGUUUGUAUGUUUGACUGUCAUGUUGAGGGUGGCUUUGUUCGAGAUUGGGUUGUCGGCCAUUAUCAGGCUCGACCAGCUGGACCUCCAUCGACAUGGGUUUCGCGUCGCACUAACCCAGCAGGAGCUACUAUUCCUGAGAUCAGCAAAGAAGUGGUUCCAACGGAUCUGGAUUGCCAUCUAUCGGUGCAUAAAUAUUUUGAUCUUGAUAAGUUUCUCGACUGUUUGCACAAGUAUCAGAUCAAGUACAGUUACGUCCGAGAAGAUUGGCGAUACAUCUUCCUAUUGGAUGAGGAUGCCAAAACUGGACCAUUUACGAUGGAUCUUAUCGAACCACAUGUCGCUCUCACACAGGAUCGAAUCGACUUCGAUGUGAACAAUCUCUCUUUGGAAAAGGAUCAUACCAAAGAACUAGGUAUGAGGGUCGAUACGCGACCAAAACCGUAUUCAAUCGACCUCGAAGCAAUUGUUGAUAAUAUCAAACAUAAACGUUUUCAAUUGUUGCGCCCAAAUGAUCCUACCAUGAACCAACGGAUUCAGAAAAUGGUGUCUCGUGGUUGGACGAAAACAGGAGAAGACCUCAACUUUAUUCCGCACCCACCACCCAGAUGUGAAGUGAUCGUCGUUCCAGUGCCUGAAAUUGCUGAUAUCUACCGAUCAGUAGUACAACAGCUGCAAAGCAACAUCGGCAGCCAAGUCAAGAUUUUAUCCAUUGUUCAGAUUAAAAACCCAUCAUUAGAAGAGGCAUAUCUAGCAAUAAAGCAACUCAUUGCUAAAGAUUGUCAGGGAGGAAAUUCGAACGAACGACCCUUGUUUCAUGGUACGUCGGGCACAUCUAUUGAUGGAAUAUUAAAUAAUGGAUUCGAUGACCGUUAUUGGCGUGCGGGAAAAUGGGGCAAGUGUCGUGACAAGAGGUUCAGUAUUGAUGAUUUUCUUUGCUGUUUUUAG